AUGUGGUUGAAAUCGUUGCUGCUUUGCUUGUACUCGUUGGUGCUCUAUCAGGUACAUGCCGCACCUUCAUCAGAUAAGCACCUUACUUCCAAAGAUGUCGAUCUAAAGAAACUGUACGAGCCUAACCCCCCUGUUACACAGCGCGGAGCAAUCACUAUCGAGUACUUUGACCCCACAUCGGAGUUGAUGAAAGAGGCGGACUUGACGUUCGAGUUAUACGGUACCGUGGUGCCCAUAACAGUAAAAAACUUUGCUUCGCUUGGUCGUGGUGUGAAGGCUGUCGUUGAGGGAAAGGACCCCAAGGACAUCCAUACCUACUCAUACCGUCAGACAAAAAUAACCAAGGUUUUCGCCAAUGGAUAUAUUCAGGGUGGCACAGUGGCUCCCGAUGUGGGUCCCUUCAGUAUUUACGGACCCAAGUUUAACGAUGAAAACUUUUCUUUGAAGCAUGACAGACCCGGCAGGCUUGCCAUGGCCUACUUUGGUCCUGACUCCAAUACCUCUGAAUUCAUCAUCACCACUAAAACUGAUGGCAAUGAGGAACUAGACGGUAAAAGUGUCGUGUUUGGCCAAAUCACCUCUGGUUUAGAUGAACUAAUGGACGUCAUCCAAUAUACUGAGGUAGACGAGUACGGGAAACCGGAGCACAAGUUACAGUUACUGUAUUUCGUUCUAGAAGAUUUGAAAAUUGGUAACCUUUUAGAGUUGAAUUCUACCUACAUGAGUGAGGUUAGUAAGUUCAGAAACGGCGAUACAUCUGUUGGUGUUACCUUGGAAAAUCUUUUCCAAAAACAUGAAGGCUACACCAGCACCAGCACCAGCACCAGCACCGCCGCUUCUGCCGGCACAACUUCCUAUGAUCUGAACCAUCCUGUUUGCAAAGCCCUGUUGUGUUUAUUUGUCCUUGGAAGUUGUUUCAUUGCUUACAAAUGCAUGCAGGAAAAGCCUCGUACGGUGUCGUUAAGACGUAAAUAA